CGCGCGAAAACCGUAUUAUUACCCUCCAAAUCAUGCGCUCUAUACAAAAUUUGUAUAGAGCGCAUGAUUUGUACGGUAAUAUUAUGGUUUUCGGACGUGCGGGAAUAAACCUAUAAAAAAUAAGUAGUUCCGUUUUUAAUCCAUAAGUAUCGUAUCAUUUUCCGAUACCAGAUAAAAUUUUAACUAUUAAUUAUUUGAAAAUUUCUGAUAUAUUGGCAUUUUCAUUUCGAUUACAGUCAUGCGGAUAUUUAAAAAUAUUUUCUGACCUUUUAUCGUAUUUUGUGAUAAGUAUAAUUAUUAAUAAAUUUCAUUUCACUUUUGUACAAGCAGUGUUAAACAACAGUAAGGUAUCUAUGAAUAUUCGAGAAAAUACGUAAAAAUUCAAAUGAAUCAAAAAUGCAAUUGAUGUCGUAAAUAUUUUUAAUUAUAUCUGAAGAAAUUUAGCAAAGGUAACAUGAUGAGAGGGUUAAGAAAAAAAGAUGAACUAUUGGAACAAAAUGAAGUUGAAAAACCGUGGCCACAAAUUCUUGCAAUCUUGAUUGGUUCUUUAGCUGGCAUCACAGAUGGCAUCCAUUACUCCUGGACCUCACCUUUCAUCGUUAAAAUAACAGAAGACAAAACAAACUACAACAUAACCGAAGAACAAGCCUCAUACUUUCCCACCAUCCAACCAGUAGCUAUGAUCCUAUUCUGCCCGAUAUUUUCAGUACUAGCUGAUAAAAUAGGAAGAAAACAAACGUUCCUCCUGAUCACAUAUCCUCAGAUACUGAGCUGGAUCCUUUCGAUCGUCGCUAAAGAUGCCACGGUGUUCUAUCUUUCCAGAUUUUGCGCUGGUAUAGCAAACGGUUGUCUUUUUGCAGUAUUUCCUACGUAUGUAGGGGAGAUUUCUAAUCCGACUGUACGCGGUACCUGGGGGAAUUUGAUAGCGACAUCUAUGUAUUUCGGUGAAUUGAUUGUGAACGUAGUUGGCAGCUAUUGUGGGGUGAAAGAGACAGCGUUUAUUUUUUUACCGUUACCAGUUUUAUUUCUGUUACUAUUCUCUAUGAUGCCAGAAUCGCCUUACUGGUUCAUUAUGAAGGGACAAGAAGAGAAUGCUAAAAAGUCUUUAAGGUUCUUAACGCGGAAGAAAGAUGUAGAUCAAGAUUAUUUUAAAUUGAAAUUAGAUGUGGAUAGACAGUUAUCAGAGUCGGGUACUUGGAGUGAUCUAAUUAGAAUUGACAGUAAUAGAAGGGCGUUGGUAGCAGGAGCGUUUUUAAGAUUAACACAGCAAACUUCUGGAAUGGGUAUAUUUCUGGUAUACAACCAGUUUAUAUUCGAAAAAUCUGGAGGAAGUUUAAGCCGUGAAUUCUGUUCUAUAAUUUAUUCAGCUUUGUAUGUAGUUUUAAAUAUUUUCGUAGUUACUUUUAUAGUUAAUCGAUUUCCAAGAAGGAUACUGUAUUUUGUAUCGCUAACUGGUGCUGCUAUUAUGUUGUAUUUACUAGCAACAUUCUUUUAUGUAGAAGAAAGGUACAAGCUGAACAAUUCUGGUUUUGGUUGGGUUCCUAUAACAGGCACAAUAGUUUAUCAAAUAUUCAUGGGUUGUGGGUUGUGUGUUAUACCAACUUUGAUGAUGAGCGAAUUAUAUUCAACUAGUAUUAAAGCCAAGGCGAUGAUUGUACUUAUGAUAGCAUUUGCUGGUGGCAAUAUAAUUAUAAAUCCACUAUUUUAUUAUUUGAAUACCAAUUUCGGAUUUCAUACUCCUUUUUAUUUUUUUGCUGCAUGCAAUACUGCGGCUAUUGCUGUUUGUUAUUUCAUUGUUCCGGAAACUAGGGGGAAGACGUUGGAAGAAAUUCAGCAAAUAUUAAAGAAUGGUAUUUCUAGGUGAUGUUGCUGUGGUCAAUUUUUAUAAGACUGACAAAUUAUAUAUAUUUUUUCAUAACUUGUUUUUUUUUUUCACCCUAAUUGUGUAAAUAUAUUUUCUAAUUAUGUUACUAAGUUACUGUUAUUUCUGGUAGAGUAGUUAUGAAUAUGAUUGUUAAAAUUAAUAUAUUCUCUUAAAUAAGGUGGGGCCAAACCAUUUAAUAUUUUAUAUUCAAACACCAUAGUCAAAUAGUAUGAUCUCUGAUAAACCGAAAUCCAUUGCAGUGAUCUAUACAUUUUUGUUGUUAAAAACCUCUUAUAACUAGCUUAAAUUUGUACUUUCACUUUUCUUGAUUCUAAAAACCCAACUGUAUCAAAAUUUUUCUUUAAUUGAACUCUUCAAUAUCUACAUAGUCCCAAAUUUAAUUUCUUAAGGAAGAAUUAAUGAAGAAAUUUGAUAAAAAUAGGAAAAAAGAUAAGGAAGAAUUCAUAAAGAAAAUGGAUGGAAAGGAAAGUAAAAUAAAGGAAAAGAUUAAACAGAAUGAAGAUGUACAACAUAAAGAAAUUCAAGAACUUUAGACAUGGUAACAAAAAUUUUAAUGGAAAAAUAGAAGAAGUUAUGGAUAAUAACAUUGAUGAAGUUGGAAGUGAAAAGUUAGAAGAAAUAAUAAAAAGGAAUAAAGAACUAAUAUAAAACUCAAUAUUUCGCUAUUAUUUAAUAACCAUCAGAAGAAUUCUGUAAAGAGCAUUUGGUAUUCAACACAAAAUAAAUGAAUUGAAAAUAAAAAUAAACCUACAGUUAUUUCUUUAUACAACAUGAUCCCAUAACGAAAUUCACAAAUAGACUAAAUUUUGUUUUUUACA